GCGGGAGUUGCUAGCGCUGCUGUUGCGGAGAAGGAGCUCAGCUGGCGGAGCGUUGCUGGGAAUGUGAAGACUCAAGCAAAAUGGAUCCGUCAGUGGUGGCAAGAUCCAUGGUAGCCUUCGUGGAGGGGAUGACAUGCAAUUCUUGUGUUCAGACCAUUGAAGAACACAUUGGGAAAAUGAAUGGAAUUCACAAUAUCAGAGUAUCUCUAGAAGGAAAGAAUGCAACCAUUAUCUAUGAUCCCAGACUCCAGACUCCAGACUCCCUUCAGGAAGUUAUAGUUGACAUGGGAUUUGAUGCUACCCUGGCUGAUUCAGACCCAAAACCUGUUUUACUUGACACUACUUUUCUAACCAUUCCUACUCAGUCACAUGUAACAUGUGAACAGAUCCGUAACGCCCUACUAAAGAACAAAGGUAUCUUGGAUGUUAAAAUUUCCUCUGACCAAAAAACUGCAGUUGUGACAUUCAUUUCUUCCAUUAUAAAUGGCAACCAGAUUAUUCAAAUGGUGCCAGGCAUAGAUUUAAAUACUGGAGCACCAGAGAAGACAUCAGGGACUGGUGAAGAUUCCAUUUGGUCCCAAGCAUCUGAUGUUGUGCUAAGGAUGAAGGUAGAGGGGAUGACCUGCCAUUCUUGCACCAGCACCAUAGAAGGAAAGAUUGGCAAACUGCAAGGGGUACAGCGGAUUAAAGUCUCCCUGGACAAUCAGGAAGCUGUUAUUGUGUAUCAGCCUCAUCUAAUUACCGCAGAGGAAAUCAAAAACCAAAUUGAAGCUGCAGGUUUCACAGCAUUUAUCAAAAAACAGCCCAAACCCAUCAAGCUGGGUGUUAUUGAUGUGGAGCGUUUAAAGAACACCCAAACCAAAUGUUCAGAGGGAACGCUUCAAAAAAGUCCAAAGCAUAUUAAUGACUUAAAGGCCAUUGUUUUCAGAGUCGAUGGCAUGCACUGCAAUUCAUGUGUCUUAAAUAUUCAGAGCAGCAUAUCAGCACUCCCAUCUGUAGCAAGCAUAGUAGUUUCUUUAGAGAAGAAAACAGCUACUGUAAAGUACGACCCAGACUUCAUCAGCAUAGAUACACUGAGAAGAGCCAUAGAGGCAGUAUCACCAGAGACGUUUAAAGUCAGUCUUCCUGAUGAAUAUGAAAAUGUAGAGCUUUUCAAUGCACAGAUCUCUCCAGUGAAAUUUUCUCAGACCUUCUCAGGUGCUUUAAACAACACCAACCAGUCCCUUACUCAAGUUACUGUGAUAAAUAUUGAGGGAAUGACUUGUAAUUCUUGUGUGCAAUCUAUUGAGGGAGUCAUUUCCCAAAAGCCAGGUGUAAAAUCAAUAUGUGUGUCUCUUGUGAAUCAUAAUGGGACUAUAAAAUAUGACCCUCUCCUAACUUGUCCAGAAGACUUAAGAGCUGCAAUAGAGGACAUGGGAUUUGAUGCUUCCUUAUCAGCAAAGACAGAACCAUUGGUAUUAAUAACUCAGCCUUCACUGGAAGUGCCGUUAGAUUCUCAGGAUAAUAUGCUUUACAAAACAGCACCGCACUCCAAAGUGUCACCAGUCCAUGAUGAUAAACAGGAGGCAAAGACUCCAUCGAAGUGUUACAUCCAGGUCACUGGCAUGACCUGUGCUUCCUGCGUAGCAAAUAUUGAGAGAAAUUUGAGGAGAGAAGAUGGAAUAUGUUCUGUGCUUGUUGCUCUAAUGGCAGGGAAGGCAGAAGUGAGGUAUGACCCUGCUAUCAUACAGCCAUCAGUCGUAGCAGAUCUAAUCCGUGAAUUGGGAUUUGGAGCUACUGUUAUGGAAAACUAUGAUGGAGAUGGAAUUCUAGAACUUGUUGUCAGAGGAAUGACAUGUGCCUCAUGUGUACAUAAAAUAGAAUCCACCCUUAUGAAGACUAAAGGUGUAUUAUACAGCUCAGUAGCUCUUGCAACCAACAAAGCACACAUUAAAUAUGAUCCUGAGAUUGUUGGUCCUCGAGAUAUUAUACAAACCGUAGAGGAUUUAGGUUUUGAUACUUCUUUAAUCAAGAAGGACAGAUCUGGUAGCCAUCUAGACCACAAACAGGAAAUAAGGCAAUGGAAAAGAUCUUUUCUUGUGAGUCUCUUUUUCUGCAUUCCUGUAAUGGCGCUGAUGAUUUACAUGAUGAUUAUGGAUAGUCAUCUCGCACAUGUUCACCAGCAUCGCAACAUGAGCAAGGAGGAAAUGGAGGCCUAUCACUCUUCUAUGUUCUUGGAGCGUCAGGUCCUGCCAGGAUUGUCUGUAAUGAACUUGCUGUCUUUUUUAUUGUGUGUCCCUGUUCAGUUAUUUGGGGGCUGGUACUUCUACAUUCAAGCAUACAAAGCACUGAAGCAUAAAACUGCUAACAUGGAUGUGCUGAUUGUUUUGGCAACCACCAUUGCAUUUGUCUACUCCUUCGUUAUUCUUCUAGUUGCAAUGGCUGAAAAAGCAAAAGUGAAUCCUGUGACCUUCUUUGACACACCUCCUAUGCUAUUUGUGUUCAUUGCAUUGGGCCGAUGGUUAGAGCAUAUGGCAAAGGGUAAAACAUCGGAAGCCCUUUCAAGACUAAUUUCACUACAAGCUACAGAAGCAACUCUUGUUAACCUAGGACCAGACAACGUUCUUUUGAGUGAAGAUCAGGUUGACGUUGAACUGGUUCAACGGGGUGAUGUUGUCAAAGUAGUUCCAGGAGGCAAAUUCCCAGUUGAUGGCCGCGUUAUUGAAGGACAGUCUAUGGUAGAUGAGUCCCUCAUCACAGGUGAAGCAAUGCCUGUGGCUAAAAAACCUGGCAGUACAGUUAUUGCAGGUUCCAUUAAUCAGAAUGGGUCACUGCUGAUCUCUGCAACUCACGUCGGAGCUGAUACAACUCUCUCUCAGAUUGUCAAACUUGUGGAGGAGGCACAAACCUCAAAGGCUCCAAUCCAGCAAUUUGCAGACAAACUUAGUGGCUAUUUUGUUCCUUUUAUUGUGGCUAUCUCUGUGGUUACCCUUUUUGCUUGGAUUGUAAUUGGAUUUGUCAAUUUUGAAAUUGUGGAAACAUAUUUUCAAGGUUACAAUAAGAGCAUUUCCAAAACCGAAGUAAUAAUCCGCUUUGCUUUCCAAGCCGCCAUCACAGUUUUGUGCAUUGCCUGUCCUUGUUCAUUGGGAUUAGCAACCCCAACAGCUGUGAUGGUGGGUACUGGGGUAGGAGCUCAGAAUGGCAUAUUGAUCAAAGGUGGAGAGCCACUAGAGAUGGCUCAUAAGGUAAAGGUGGUGGUAUUUGAUAAAACAGGAACCAUUACCCAUGGAACUCCAGUAGUGAUGCAGGUGAAGAUUCUAGUGGAGGAUAACCAGAUGCCACGUAAUAAGAUUUUGGCAAUAGUGGGGACUGCUGAGAGUAACAGUGAACACCCUCUGGGGACAGCAAUAACAAAAUACUGCAAGAAGGAACUGGACUCAGAAACCCUUGGAACCUGUACAGAUUUUCAGGUAGUAGCAGGCUGUGGCAUUAGCUGUAAAGUCACCAAUAUUGAAGCAUUGCUGUACAGGAGGAACGAGAAGGUUGAAGAAAAUAAUAUUAAGAAUAUGACACUCAUAAAAGUUGAUGAGAACUUUGAGGAGUCAAUGCAACCUGCCUUGAUUAUUGAUGCCCAGUUGCCAACUACCUUGAAUCAUCAAAAGUAUUCUGUUCUCAUUGGAAACCGGGAAUGGAUGAAUAGAAAUGGCCUUCUUCUUAAAAGCGAUAUUGAUAAUGCCAUGAUUGAACACGAACGUAGAGGUUGCACUGCAGUCCUUGUAGCUGUUGAUGGAGUGCUGUGUGGUUUGAUAGCUAUUGCUGAUACAGUGAAACCUGAAGCUGAAUUGGCAGUCCACAUUUUGAAGACUAUGGGUUUAGAAGUUGUUCUAAUGACGGGAGACAACAGUAAAACAGCGAGAUAUAUUGCCUCUGAGGUUGGCAUCACCAAAGUGUUUGCUGAGGUUCUUCCCUCACACAAGGUAGCCAAAGUGAAACAGUUACAAGAAGAGGGCAAGCGGGUAGCAAUGGUGGGAGAUGGUAUCAAUGAUUCCCCCGCUCUUGCCAUGGCUAAUGUUGGAAUUGCAAUUGGCACAGGCACUGAUGUAGCCAUUGAGGCAGCAGAUGUGGUUUUAAUUAGGAACGAUUUGUUAGAUGUGGUGGCAAGUAUAGAUUUAUCAAGGAAAACCGUCAGAACAAUCCGGUUCAACUUUGUCUUUGCUCUAAUUUAUAAUCUCGUGGGAAUUCCUGUUGCUGCUGGUGUUUUUCUGCCAGUUGGUAUCGUUUUGCAGCCAUGGAUGGGCUCUGCUGCAAUGGCUGCCUCUUCUGUUUCCGUUGUGUGUUCUUCUCUGUUGCUAAAGCUCUACAAGAAACCAAAUUAUGAGAAAUAUGAGCUCCAUGCCCGUGGCUAUAUGAGACAGAAGAGCCGUUCGGAAAUCUGUGUCCAUGUUGGAAUUGAUGAUACUGGGACAGCUUCUCCCAAACUCAGCCUAAUGGAUCAAAUCAUCAGUUAUAGUAGAGCCUCACUAAAUUCCCUGUUCUCAGAUAAACGCUCCCUCAACAGUAUAGUUCUCAGUGAACCAGAUAAGCACUCACUUCUAGUGGGAGAUUUCAGAGAGGAGGAAGACACAGCAUUAUGAAAAGCUCUUAAAAAGAUACAGUUGGCUAGAAUUCUGUAUGCACUGAUAAGUUCUGGAGGUCUGAAUUGUUUUAAGGAUUUUCCUCUUAUCUUCUCUAGGUUUUAAUUGCCCAAUUGUACAGGAAAGAAAAUAUUUUUUCAUGUUUUAAACACUGAAGCUGGUCCAUUUAUUUGCAGUGACCUUCCAGUAUUUUUUACCAGACACGGCAAAGAAAGAAAGGGCAGUGGCAGCUGGAGCCUGCAAGUGAAGCUGGAUAAUGUCACUAAGAAGCUAUUAAUGUCACACUAUUUUUCUAGAAAAUGCUGAAAUACAAUUAAGAAAACACACAGGGGAACCAGAAAUGGAGUAGAGGACUGACCAACAGGCAAUUGGGGACAGUUUCUUGAUGUGUAGCAUGGUUAAUAUGUUUGCUGUAUCAAAGAUGUUGAUGACCACAGCUGUAAACACUGAAAGUGCUCUUCAUUUGCAAAUGGAUGUGCCUUAUUGCAUAACGUUUGGGAUUACUCUCAUUUAUAACCUAUUCCAUACAAGAAAUUGUCCUGCAAAAUCUUAGAUUUUUUUUUUUUUUUUUUAAACCAAAUCCCUUGCCAUCUCUCCUCCCUUGAUCUGGAUCCUGGUCAUAUGUAGAGAGAGAAUUGCGGGAGCUUGGGUUUAUUUCCCCCCAUCUUCUCCCUGCUUAACUUCUUUCCUUUCUCUGUACA